AUGAAUAGCACAGAGAUCGUCGGUUCUACAAAUCUUAUUAUUCUGCUAGAGGAUGUCACCUUUGUUGACUUUUUCAACACGUUUCUUUCUCUCCCGGUUUUUGGUCAGAUGCCAUUUUACACUGUUGAGCUGGCUCAGUGGAGCCUAUGGCCGGAAAUCCCCCCCAACUUGAUUGCAAAGUACAAAGGGCUGCUGAUAUGGUUGGAGAAGUACCGGCUGCCCCUUUUCUGCAAGACAGACUUGUGCUUCCAUUACCUUCUCUGCCAGGAGCUCAUCAGCUUCAUCAAGUCCCCAGAAGGAGCCAGUAUGAUGAAGUGGAAGAAGGCUGACCAGUGGCUGCUCCAGAAAUGCAUCAGCAGUGUGCGAAACAUGUGGCGCUUUUCCACCUACCUCAAGGGCAGCGCAGGUGAAGAGUUGUUUGAUUUCUGGAUUCUUGCUGAGAAGAUCCUGAGCAUUGAUGAGAUGGAUGUGGAAAUGAAAGAUCAUUAUCUGUCUCUCCUCCUUGUACUGAAGGCCACCCACCUGCAGGAGGGUUCCAGGGUGGUGACACUCUGCAACAUGAACAUCAAGUCCCUCCUGAACCUCUCCAUCUGGCACCCCAACCAGUCCACUACCAGGAGAGAGAUCCUGAGCCACAUGCAGAAAGUGGCACUCUUCAAGCUUCAGAGCUACUGGCUUCCCAACUUCUAUAUGCAUGCCAAGAUGGUCCUGGCCAGGGAGGAGCAGUGCCAGGGCCUCAUGCAGGAGUAUGACACCCGCACCUGCAGCAUCUGCUACACGCAUGAUGCGGAGGUGCCUCUGAACAUGAGUAUCAAGACCAGCACUCACCCCCAGAGGCAGUACUCAAGCCAGAAGAUGAAGAGGAAGAUGUGGCAGAUGAUCAAAGAGGACUCGUGGAGUAUCCUGAUGCCCUGGCAGCCGUGUGCCCUGAAGAAGGAGGAGGAAGAGGAAGAGGAGGAAAAGGAAGAGGAGGAGGAAGGAAGAUAUGCUUUGUCCCUGCCUCCUGCAAAAGUGCCCCUCACCAAGCAGAAGAUGUUCAGUUUCCUAGACAGGGACCAGCUCUGCACUGGAAGAGCAGCCAAUAGGAAGGACACCAAGCCCAGCCUGCAGAUGGAAGGUCUUUUUGAGAAGAACUUCCACCUUCACUUACGCACCAUCACCCCCAUCAUUUACCAGACAUCUCACCUGACGGCUAGGAAGGCCCCAAAGCACAAAUUCUCCCUGGAGUCCAUCCGCUGGGCUCUGAGUGCCGAUAUCUAUGCCGGUGGGCCUUUUCACACCCACCUGAAGAAGCGGGACCUCAAGGUGGAGAUCAAGCUCUUGGAGCUAUGGCAGGACCUGAACCAUUUCCUCAGCGUCCUAAUGCACAACCGCAACACUGGGAAUGCUGUGUUCCUGCAUGUGCUGGGCAACCGGAUCUGUGAGCUCUACCUCAAUGAGCAAACCAGCCCACCACUGCCCCUGAAGCAGAGGACCCUCCGGGGCUUGCGGGAGAUGCUGCCUUCUGGGGAUGUCAACCUCUGGGUCCCCAAAGCCCAGGAGGAGAUCUGCAAGUUGCUCAGCCAAUGGUAUGCUGAAUUUCUGAAAGAAGAGGACAUUUCGUUUCUCAAUUUCACCACCCAGACCAAGUCGAUCACCACUGAGUUUCAGAAAAAAGAGUCCAUAAGCAAAGAGAAGAACGUUCUUCUUUAUAAACGACUCCAGGAGUCACUAGAAUUGAGCCAGGGCUUGGCUACCAUGAAAGCAAUGGAUUCUCUGCAGUGGGAAAAAGUAGCCUUGGAGAACCUUGAGCAGGGUGGCUCUCUCCAGGUAGAACUGAAACCCCCUGUGUUUCUAGAAGAUGUGGAGAGAAUGUCCUUUGAGGAACUCAGCUCUAAAUAUCCAAAAAAAGCCAUAGAGAAGAUCAGUGAUGACUUCAAAAUAUAUUCUGAAAAAUCACCUACAAUAGACUUUAAAGUGGAAAUCAUAAGAGAGCCAAAGAUACUUUCUUCAACCCAACAACGGAAGACAUCUGUUUUCAAGAAGAAUAUUUUAAGGAAACCCUCUAUAAAGCCCAGAAACUUCGUUGAAGUCCUCCUAAAUGCAUCACACUUGGAAUACUUCAAGGAAUUCCUCAGAGAAAGGAAGUCAGAGACUCCGUUGCUUUUCCUUAUUGCCAUGCAUAAGAUGAUCACGGAGACCAAUGAAAAGAUGUACAAUACCCUCACAGAACAUAUAUUCAAGACUUUCUUCCAUAGCAAAAUCCCUCCUCAAGAAUUGCUCCAGUGUGACACCCCCUUCAUCAGAGAAUUAGGGGGGCUACGGCGCAUCAGCACCACUGCCUUGAUUCUGGUCCAGGGCCAAGUCACGAAAAGUUUGGAAGAAAAGUGGUUUAAAGAAUACCAAGCGCUUUUCCAACCCCGAAAUACAGAGGUGGAACAAGGAACAAAAACACCCCUGAAGAAGUCCUCAAAGCUGGCAGUGACUUACUUGCUGGAAAAUUGGCAUUCAGGCUGUUCCAAAAUGCUGGCCCUCAUCAGAAGCUUCUGUAAGUACCGCAGGUUCAUGUCAGACCCCAAGAAGCGCCAGGAAUAUGAGGACUUUCUCCGCCUGGAGCUCUACAACACAAAGGAAAAUUUCUCCCCCAGUACAUCCAGCCGGACCCCUGCCAACCAUCAGAACCCAAGGAACUCAGGCUCUGAGAAUGGGGAUCUUGUACUCGUGAAACGCCGAAUCCUUGGCAAUCGCAUCAUCAUCGUCAACUUCGCCAUGAACGAUAAUUAUUUCUUCUCAGAAAUUGGGAAAUUUAAUGAUCUGGUGUCUUCUGCCCAAGUGCUUCAAAUCAACCGAACUUAUAACUUCAACGACCUCAUCCUCAUGAAGGCCAAGAUCAACAUCAUGCUGAGGCUCUACCUCUGCUCUGAUCUGCCUCCAAAGCUCCGAGUGAACAUCUCCGAGUCCCUAAAGGAUUCCAUCGUCGCCGCUAUUGCUGAAGGCCACUUGAACCGAACCAUCUUCUUUGGAGCCAUUAUGUCCCUCUUUCCUGUCAUCAUGUACUUCUGGAAGAGAUAUUGCACCUGGAAGGUGCUUCGUGCUUAUGGAACCCACCAAGAGAAGUUCAAGGAGAAAAGAAGCCCUUCCAAGCCCAUCUCCAAGGUCUUGCCUUUGAUCCCAGUAGAACAACCCAUGCUAAAGUUCACUUUGCUGAGGGGGAUCGAAUGGUUUUAUCCUCAACAGAAUGUAUCGCAGAUUCCCUCCAAAACGAAGGGCACCUGCUGUCCUGAAUUGACUCCCAGUGGCCCAAAUUCUGCCUUCGCCUCCUACCUUGGGGAGUGUGGGGAGGUCAUGCCAGAAUCUUGUUCAUUCCACUCACCAGUACCAAAUCUGCCUUGGUCUUCAUGUGCCUGCCUAGACCAAUGGUAA